UCUGGAGUCAGUUCUGUCGUCCAUGAUGGCGCCGCUGGGUAGCUAUGAAGACACACCAUUACAAAGGACCCUGGCAUCUUUAUAACGCGGACAGACACAAGCAGAUGAACCGAUGACAGGAGCUUCGCUACACAGCCGAAAGAAUAGCAAGCGUGUGGACACAACCCCAGGAGCAAGGUCGUCCGUCAGGAUCAUGGGAGAGAAUGGCCCUCUCACAGAGGCAGUCAUGCUCUUUGAAGACGUGGACAGACUGAGCGGAGAGGACGAGGACGAGGAUAAGAUCGCUCAUUUCCACAAGGAUGACGGCAUAAUAUCUGGCCCCUCGUCCUCCACCGGUAGGGUCUAUGAUCGCACGACCGUGCUCAUCGAGCAGGACCCCAUCCGUCUGGACGAGGACGGCGAGGAGGACGAGAUGGGUUUUCUGCCGGACGGAGAGGGGGACGGGGACGAGGGGUCCCUGGCCUUCAUGGCUGACCCGGAUGGCAUGUCACAGGGCUACAUUCAUCACACCAUCUCAGCGGACCAGAUCCAGUUCAUUAUUAACCCCGGCUCCACCCCUAUGCCCCGAAACAUUGAGGGGGCCACACUGACGCUACACUCCGAGUGCCCGGAGACCAAGCUGAGAGAGGUGAAGCGCUAUCAGUGCAUGUUCGAGGGCUGCACGCGCACCUACAGCACAGCAGGAAACCUGCGCACGCAUCAGAAGACGCACCGCGGUGAAUACACCUUUGUGUGCAACCAGCAGGGCUGCGGCAAAGCCUUUCUCACCUCGUACAGCCUGAAGAUCCACGUCCGUGUCCACACGAAAGAGAAACCCUUCGAGUGUGACGUUCAGGGCUGCGAGAAAGCCUUCAACACACUGUACAGGUUUUGGCUUACUGUGUCCAUCAGACUGAAAGCACACCAGAGGAUCCACACUGGCAAGACGUUUAACUGUGAAUCAGAGGGAUGCACCAAAUACUUCACCACGCUCAGCGACCUGAGGAAACACAUCCGCACGCACACGGGAGAAAAGCCCUUCCGAUGUGACCAUGAUGGCUGCGGUAAAGCUUUCGCUGCUAGUCAUCACCUGAAGACUCACGUACGGACACACACCGGAGAGAAGCCGUUUCUCUGUACGAGCGAUGGCUGUGAGAAGACGUUCAGCUCUCCGUACAGUCUGAAGAGUCACAUUCGUGGUCAUGAUAAAGGUCCAGCGUUCACAGUGAGCAGCACUCAUCCGCUGUCAGAGGACGCGAGUCAUUCGCUGUGCCUCAGUGAUCUGAGCCUCAUCUCCACAGACUCUGAGCUCCAGGACAACCACAGCUCGCAGGGUUUGGAUCUGAACAGCGUCACUCCCAUAAGGAUCUUUGAGCUGAUGUUCCAGAGUCCUGAAAACAGCCAAGACGACCCAAAGACCAGCGAUAACCUCGUGGAGUCUUUUGGUCUCGAGUCAUCGCCUCAGUCAGCCGUCUCGGACGCGUCCACACACUUCCCUCAGUCCACUUCAUCAGCCUCAUCCUGUUCCAUCCCAGCUCCUGUUUUAGAGGCUCAAGCUCCGCCCACGACAUGCCCCUCUGUGCCGGCCCCUCCCACUGCUGCCAGCAGCUCAUUAUUGACCACUCCUUUCCCCUCUGCCCCACCCACUUCAUCACACUCACCAGAAGUGCCCACCCCAUCGAUACCCUCAGUGGGCCAGCACUACACGGCCGCGCCGGCGGUGACUACAGAGGCGGCGCCUUUGCCUCCUGCACCUCCCACCAUAACCCUCUCGCCCACUCUCGGCCUGCAGCCAAACAUCGUCAUGUCCGAUCACAACCUGCAGUGGAUCCUCAGCAGCGCCAGAGGCACACAGCAAAAUCCUGAUCAACAGGGCCCAAAAGUGGAGAAGGUCUUUUUUACGACAGCCAUACCGGUCGGUGGACAUCCUGGGAGCGCGGUGCAGCAGAUCGGUCUGAGUCUGCCGGUUAUCAUCAUAAAGCAGGAGGAGUCGUGUCAGUGUCAUUGUGCCUGCAGAGACUCGGCUAAAGACAAGAGCACAUCACCUCCCCCUGCUCCUGCUCCUGCUCCACCUCCUCCUCCACCAACCCUCCCUCAGACUCCUCCCUUGUGCUGCCCAUCAACGAAGAAGCCCGUCGAAGCCUCCGCGCCGGCGACCGAUGGCAUGGCCAGCAUAGAUGUGUCGGACCUGCUCAGUCCGGUAACAACCCAAAACAUUGAGGUGCUGCUGAUGGUCGCCGACGAGCUCUCCAACAGCGCCACCCAGAGUACUCCGAGCUAGGCCCUGCCGUGUACGGAUGGGUAGCUCUGUCAUCCGUGUGUUCUGGUGCACUUUUGAAGCGAGGGCAGUCGGAUGUAAAGAGGUUUCUACACUCGCUGCAUUGAGCCUCAGGAGAGUUCAACGAGCCCUCGUGUGGUGUGGAGGUAUUCAAAGGUUUUGGAAGGGUUGCAGAUGUGCACAGGAGAUGAGCGAUCCUCCAAAACAAAGCCUACUUUAGUUUAUACCUUGAAACCCAUGAGAUUGAUGUGAGAAUGUACUGCACAUGUGUAUAUCUGAGACUUCAUCACAGCACAUUCACCUGUUUUAUGAUGUGUAAUUUAUUAGAAAGGCUGCAGUCGUUGACUCGUGGUGAUGUGAUUUCGGAAGUUCCUUGACCUUUACUUGCCUUUUAAAUGUAAUUCCGAGGUUUGUUUGGCUGCCUAUAACUUAGUAUUUAAUUUGAUAUAUGUUAAUUUAUUGAAAGACGUAAUUGUUAGAUAAGUGUAGCUCCCCCGUCACUAAAUGUCGAACACUUAUUUCUCUCCUAACUCGAGUUGAUAUUCUUUAAGUGAAGCCAGAAAAGAACAUACCUGAACGGUCUAUAUAUGGACUUUGGAAUUGUGACGUGAUGUUUGGGACUGUCGAGCACGUUUACCCUCUUCCUGCCCCGUGGUUUUGAAAUGAUGUUUGACGCACUGAAUUUAGAUUUAGGUUUUGCUGAUGAUGGGCAGUUUUUGCAUUUCGUUCUGGAGAAUUGGGGGACCAUAGAGGAUCAGCGCGCUUGAUGGUCCCAUCACACUCGACAGCCAAUCACUGACAUCUUCCUCUGACCUCGCGGUUUCUCAUUGGUUGUUACAAAUCGGUAUAUUUCCUGCCUCUCAUUGGCACAUUCCUGCACUUUCUUUCUUUGGUCUUAAACCGGCGUGAGUGUGGCUGCGAGUCGCUCAGGGAUACAGAGCCGUGCUUUAUUAUCAUUUCGUGUGUCUGCUGCGUUCAUUGGUUCCUAAAGCUGAACCCGCUUGACGUGCAUUACCCAGCCACGCUUCAGCCGAACGCCGUGUCACCUCAGUCACGUGCCACUGCUGUACAGAGGUUUUAAAGAGCGGAACAUCAUGUAAAUAAUGGCUUUGAAUUGUGACAUGUUUUAAGCCUUUAGAUUGUAUUUGAAUUUGUAUUUUUGUACAGAAAGAUGAGAAAUCAGAGACUGACGCCCGUACACCUCUCAUGCACUUCUGCUUCUUCACAUGUAUGUCAUUUCCCACAGACAGACUGUUCACGUUAGACAAAACUUGCCUUACCCAGUCGUCCCUGGGUUCUUUCAUGUCAAUAAUAAUAUGUGGCUUUCCACGUCAUGUCAUGAAACUUGACGUCUCUCCUUGUUGGACAUUUGGCCUUAUGUCCCGUGCCAAAAACAAAUCCAUUUUUUAAAUUUACGGUACGUAAACGUCAGUAGGUCAUCGUGCAUCAAAAUGUUUGGCUUUAGAAUGACAGCCGAAUUGAAUAUUGUCCACGGCGAGUGUGUGUACCCGAGCGGAUGAACACUUCCUCUACAGUGGAUCGUUAAUGACGAAACAAUACAAGGAAAAGAUUGAACAUUUACCCUAAAAUUCACUUUAAUGAAAAUAUGUAACUAUGCAACAUCAUGGACCAUUGAAUACAGACAAGACAACGAAGCACUAGAAGCUGGACCUCCCUCCUCACAUGUUCUCGUUUGUCAGUGGUCAUUUUUAACCAUAUGCAAGCCAUCACUAGAGAGAAAAGCUGACUUUGUGUACAAGCCUUUUCUUGUUGCCAUCAUAAUCAUUUUGCGCACACAGUUUUGUUGCUUCGACUCAUUUUGCGAUGUGAAGCUGGGCAUUGCAAUGGUCUUCGUUUUUGUCCCUGUUCAACUUAUGCUGUAGGUUGUAAUUCACGCCCCCCACUAACCCUUUUGGAUUGAUUGUAACUGGUAAAACACUCAGUUUUGAUUUUCGCCUCCAUUCCCGGCGCUCCACUUCUGUGCUGUAAACUCUUGCUGUUUCACCCGUCUCGUGCCGGCUGAAGGCAUUGAACUGACGGGUUGCAGAUUGUAGACAUGCAUUCCUUCACAUGAUGAUAUUUAUUCCUGCUUCACACAGCAGAAGACGCUAAACAUUUGAAGUAAAUGAGUUUAUGGAUGAAUGGAGUCUCACAAGCUUUGGAGGUUAAAGGGAGACUUCCACAAGAACUGCUUUUGUUACCCAAAGUGUGAGGAAACUGUACAUGUAAAGAUCUGUAUUUUUAAAGAGAAUGUGUAAUAUGGAUUUCCCCCUCAUAUGCUUGUUUUGUAUAAAGUAUUAUGGCAGAGUAAUAACUUUUUGAAUCAAAAAGCAAUACAAUACCAGUGAA